AACGCAAAACAACUUUUGUGGGGGAGAGAAAGCGAGAUAACACACACACACACAGAGAUAUACAUCUUCAAUAGUUAAGAGUUUUCUAUAUACAGAAGAAGUGGGUGUGAGAAAGAGAAGACAGAUACAAAAAGUUUAACAUCUUCCCCUCUCUCUCUCUCUCUCUUUCUCUGGUGGCUUCUCUUUUUCCUUUGGGUUUAGUGCAAAAGAGAUGCAACAGCACCUGAUGCAGAUGCAGCCCAUGAUGGCUGGUUACUACCCCAGCAAUGUCACCUCUGAUCAUAUCCAGCAGUACUUGGAUGAGAACAAGUCUUUGAUUCUGAAGAUAGUUGAGUCUCAAAACUCAGGAAAGCUCAGCGAGUGUGCCGAGAAUCAGGCAAGGCUUCAACGCAACCUCAUGUACUUAGCUGCAAUAGCAGAUUCUCAGCCUCAACCUCCAAGCGUGCAUAGCCAGUAUGGAUCUGCUGGUGGUGGGUUGAUUCAAGGAGAAGGAGCGUCACACUAUUUGCAGCAGCAACAGGCGACUCAACAGCAGCAGAUGACUCAGCAGUCUCUUAUGGCAGCUCGUUCUUCAAUGAUGUAUCAGCAGCAGCAACAGCCUUAUGCAACGCUUCAGCACCAGCAGUUGCACCAUAGCCAGCUUGGGAUGAGCUCUAGCAGCGGAGGAGGAAGCAGUGGUCUCCAUAUCCUUCAGGGAGAGGCUGGUGGGUUUCAUGAAUUUGGCCGUGGGAAGCCGGAGAUGGGUAGUGGUGAAGGCAGGGGUGGAAGCUCAGGGGAUGGUGGAGAAACACUCUACUUGAAGUCAUCAGAUGAUGGGAACUGAAUGAGUGUUGCACAAGUAAGGUCCAGUGAAGAAGCAGCAGCAGAAGUAGUAGUAGUAAGAGUUUGAAGUUUGUUUGUUUUGGUUUAGCUGCUUGUUGAAGAAGCAAAGAACUCGUAUUUACGUUUUAGUGUUUUUAUUUUAUUUUUGUGUUUGUUCCCUAAAAAUAUGAACUCUUACGUGGUGUAGUGUACCAUGCAUAUCUGCUCGCUACAAGUUAUGUCGCAA